CUGUAUGGAAGGAACGUUCCAGAAACUGCUGUGGACUUGAUAUAUACUGGUGCAAGGGCGCGGACUCGUCACUCACGUUGCGAAUCGUUGUACGGAGAACUUCUUCGCUGUCCUAGGACUCGAAUUCUCGUCAAAUUAAACUCUCGCUCUUAGGCAAACCGUAAGAAAACAAAAGUCAGAAACAAUGGCGAAAGCACCCGCAGUCGGUAUCGAUCUUGGCACGACCUACUCCUGCGUCGGCGUUUUCCAACACGGCAAGGUCGAGAUCAUCGCCAACGACCAGGGAAAUCGCACGACACCCAGCUAUGUGGCCUUCACGGAAACCGAGCGUCUCAUCGGAGAUGCCGCCAAGAACCAGGUCGCCAUGAACCCCAACAACACCAUUUUCGAUGCCAAGAGGUUGAUUGGUCGUCGCUUUGAAGACCCAACUGUUCAGGCUGAUAUGAAACACUGGCCAUUUACUGUUGUCAAUGAUGGUGGCAAACCAAAGAUUCAAGUACAAUACAAAGGAGAGACAAAGACUUUCUUCCCUGAAGAAGUGAGUUCGAUGGUCUUGGUAAAAAUGAAGGAGACCGCAGAGGCGUACCUAGGCAAGACUGUCACUAAUGCCGUGAUCACCGUGCCCGCUUACUUCAACGACUCGCAACGUCAGGCAACCAAGGACGCUGGCACCAUCUCAGGCUUGAAUGUAUUGCGUAUUAUCAACGAGCCCACCGCCGCCGCGAUAGCGUAUGGUCUUGAUAAGAAGGCCACCGGCGAGCGGAACGUCCUGAUCUUCGAUCUCGGUGGUGGUACUUUUGAUGUAUCUAUCCUGACGAUCGAAGAUGGUAUCUUCGAGGUCAAAUCCACGGCAGGUGACACUCACUUGGGUGGCGAGGACUUCGACAACCGUAUGGUCAAUCAUUUCGUGCAGGAAUUCAAGCGCAAGUACAAAAAGGACCUGACCAGCAACAAACGCGCUCUUCGUCGCUUACGUACUGCAUGCGAACGCGCCAAGCGCACCUUGUCGUCCUCUACGCAGGCGAGCAUCGAGAUCGAUUCGCUUUACGAAGGAAUUGACUUCUACACUUCCAUCACCAGGGCGCGUUUUGAGGAACUUUGCGCGGACCUCUUCCGUGGUACUCUCGAACCUGUGGAGAAAUCGCUGCGCGAUGCGAAGAUGGACAAGUCGCAGAUCCAUGACAUCGUCCUGGUCGGUGGCAGCACGCGUAUCCCGAAGAUCCAGAAACUCCUGCAAGAUUUCUUUAACGGCAAGGAGCUCAACAAGUCCAUCAAUCCGGAUGAGGCUGUGGCAUACGGCGCGGCGGUGAAAGCCGCUAUCCUGCACGGCGACAAAUCCGAGGAAGUGCAGGACUUGCUCCUCCUCGACGUCACGCCGCUCUCCUUGGGUAUCGAGACCGCUGGCGGUGUCAUGACCGCGCUCAUCAAAAGGAACACCACCAUCCCGACGAAGCAAACGCAGACCUUCACGACUUACGCCGACAAUCAGCCCGGCGUAUUGAUCCAGGUCUACGAAGGUGAGCGCGCCAUGACCAAGGACAACAAUCUGCUGGGCAAGUUCGAGCUCAGCGGUAUCCCGCCCGCGCCCCGCGGAGUACCGCAGAUCGAAGUUACUUUCGAUAUCGACGCCAACGGUAUCCUCAACGUCUCUGCCGUGGACAAGUCCACCGGCAAGGAGAAUAAGAUCACCAUCACCAACGACAAAGGUCGGCUCAGCAAGGAGGAUAUCGAGAGAAUGGUGAACGAGGCUGAGAAGUACCGCAGUGAGGAUGAGAAGCAGAAGGAGACGAUCGCAGCUAAGAACGGGCUCGAAUCUUACUGUUUCAACAUGAAGAGCACCGUUGAGGAUGAGAAGCUCAAGGACAAGAUCAACGCAACGGACAAACAGACCAUCUUGGACAAGUGCAACGACAUCAUCAAGUGGCUCGAUGCCAACCAGUUGGCUGACAAGGAGGAAUACGAGCACAAGCAGAAGGAGCUCGAGGCAAUCUGCAACCCGAUUGUCACGAAGCUCUACCAGGGUGCCGGUGGUAUGCCUGGCGGUAUGCCCGGCGGCAUGCCAGGUGGCUUCCCUGGAGCUGGUGGUGCUGCACCCGGUGGAGCUCCCAGUGGUGGUGGCGCAUCCGGUCCCACCAUCGAAGAAGUAGACUAAGUCGAGAUCAUCGUUCCUGGCUUCGAUUCGUCACUGCCCAUCAUCGUCAACAAACAAUCGCCAACAAAACCACCUGCAAUCACUAGGCAUUCCUUCGAUUUGGAAAUAACACGAAGCAAUAAACACGAAUGAACGAACAUAGAACCGUUA